GUUAGUUGAAGGUUUAUUUGUAAGCGAAAAGCAUCCAUCGUUACAAACAUGCCAGCCCUGUCUACACCUCCCUUGAACCGUGAGCCCGAGCUUGCCUCGCUGACCUCCUCCUUCCUUACCGACAUUUCCAUCCGACCAUACGACCGGAACCACUGCCCCAUCCCAGACAAUCUCGACGCCUCUACCCACCGCGUCUACGUCGAUGGCUUGGUCGCCAACUCGCUCAAUCUCUCCAUCUCCGAUCUGCGCAAUAGCUUCCCCCAGCAUGACGUUACCUGCCUGCUCCAAUGCGCCGGCAACCGUCGCCACACCAUGCGAACCCUGCUGAAAGAAGUAGACGGCGUAGACUGGGGCUCAGCCGCUGUCAUGAAUUGCACCUGGCGUGGCCCGAGACUCCGCGACGUCCUCCUCAAGGCCGCUCCCACGCUUGCUGACGAAGAUGGGGGUGAGCGCAAGGUCGACGACUUGCAGCAGGAGCUGCACGUGGCGUUUGCAUGCAAUGCCGUCCCCUGCCAAGACGAUUCGUGGUAUGGGGCCUCCAUUUCCAUGGACCGCGCUCUUCGCGAGAAUGCAGAGGUGAUUCUAGCCCUGGAAAUGAACGGCGCGCCCUUGACACAGGAGCACGGGUUUCCCGUGCGCGUCAUCGUUCCAGGCGUGGCGGGCGCGAGGGCCGUGAAGUGGUUGGAUCACAUCACAGUGCAGCGGGAAAUGAGCAGCAAUCAUUAUAUGCAUUUCGACUACAAGGUCCUACCACCAGAAGCGGUCGAUGCGGAAAGGGCACGCACCUUCUGGCAUAAAAUCCCGCCGGUGAUCGACAUGCCAGCGAAUUCUGCCAUCACGUCGCCACGAAAUGAAGACACGGUGGAAGUGGAUGCAGAGGGAUUUAUCACGGUGGAUGGGUACGCUUUGCCGGGGGGAGAAGGUGGGCCGGUGAAAAGAGUCGAGGUCUCCAUUGACAAGGAGAGAUGGGUCGACGCGGAACUGUUUACACAUCCCCUGGAAAGCAAGUGGACUUGGAAAAUCUGGAAGGCCAAAGUGCAGGUCGAGCCGGGCGAGCGAAGAUGUCUCUACAGCAGAACCAUUGAUGAAGCGGGCAACUCGCAGCCACAGCGUUCUCAGUGGAACCUGAGAGGCGUAUGUUACAACGGCUAUGGAGAAGUGAGGAAUUUGAAGGUGGUGAAAGGAUAGGCCCAAUCGUUCAUUCCAUCAUCCAUCAAGAUGUGUCUGUAUGUGUAUGAAGGCCUGAAGCGACCACGGGACCCUAAUGCCUGAAACUUGAAUCAUCUAUUCAAACGCGAUUUUCCGAGGUUAUCAGUCUUUGUUGUGCGCACUAUGAGCUCUCGCGUGCAGAGCUUGUUCAAUAAUCGUUGC